GCCACUAAACGAACGUUGGUGUAUAUUUUGGAGGGUACAGUACCAUUUCUACUUACUCGUGGAAGCAACCCUCUCAAAUCGGUAUUACCAACAUACACAGAAAAUCCCAAAGUAUUUUUAUUUCGACUUUUGUUUCUUCCCGACAAUGUUGUUUAGUUCUACAGUGCCUGGAGGAUUUUUAUUUUUCUCGGAUCAAAAAAAAAAGUGAUCGAGGGUCCACUGCAUGGCGAGGACCAACGAUUCGAGAAGCUGCAAAGUGUGUUCCGUUGAAAGAUCGCGAUUUCGUCGAGAUCUGCGAUCUGUGCGAGCUGAUUUUAAGCUCGAGUGUUGAGUGUCGUGCAAUUUUUGGUUUUUUGACCAAGUGCAAAAUUUUUGCACAAGUGCUCCGCAAAUCGCGAGUGCCGGUGAAACUAUUUUUUGGAAAUGCGCACGUAGCAGCGAAGCGACAUCCUGUCACCCGAAUUUCUGAGCACGUUCGGGAGGAGGAUGGAGGAGCUGGAGACGCUGGAGAGCACGGAGUGCCCGGACUGCCCCGGGCCACCCCCUGAGUUCCGGCUGCCGCCACCCCCACGGCCGCCCUUCCUCACCGAGGGUACAUUUUGUUCCGAGGCACCCCUCGCUGAACUGGAGGACUGUGUAGCUAUUCCGAUGAUCGACGCAUCCUACCACACAAAUCCAUCAUUGCAAAGUACUGCCCUAAUUAUCACCUACCACCCUCUUGCUCUCACCGAGUUUCAGCUCGGAGGCCACAGUGGCCUCCCUGUUAGUCCUGAGUGUAUUUAUCAUAAUAGGCGCCAUUAUCGAGGUCUCGAUGCAACCGCCUGGGUGAUAUCUCAAGUGUUAGGGCCACCAAGUGGCAGUGUCUGUUUCGCACGAAGCAUGAGAGGAAUCCCGCCGGUUGGGGCAAAUCACCGUCACGUCCGGCGCUUCACCAAUUCGAUUCAAUUAACAAGGUGCUGCUGUAAUCCAAAACGGUCGCACCUAGGAAGGGAUUCGAAGUCAUACACUCACGAUAUUACCCUAACCGGCCAUAAUUACGUCAUCGUUAUUGUCGCUGACAUUGUGCUGAUACAACCGCAAUUCCUGAUACCGCUAUUGCAUUUUCAUACAAAUCACUUUAGAAGUGUAAUGCGGAAAUGCACCAGUUAUGUUGCAUGGGAUAUGUUGACCACACUACAGGGGAAGUUGGUAUCUGAGAGACCACCUGGUGUUGCCCUCCAGCACCUGGAGGAAUGUGCUUAUACGCAAGAACAUAAGAGGAAAGUUCAGAACCUCCUACCCUGCAAGAGUGCAGCGGGAGCCGCUGCUGCUGCUGCAGCUCGUGGAAGACUUCCGGACGGCGGUGGACAUCCUGGCUCAGGUAAUCUUGGGAGUGCAGUUCUCUACGAGGACUUGCCGGACACAGUGCCUCACUCGCAGCUGCACAAUCAUCACCAGAGCCACCAUCCGAGUCAGCCAACGAUCGAGAUGCUGGACGUCAAGGACGGCGGCAGAGGGGUCUUCGUCUGCAGCAGUCCUGGACCGGAUCCUUACUCCUCUCAGGACCUCUACAAUCCCGUCUAUGAGGAACUCAGCAAUGGAGACCAUCCAGAGACGGAUGAGGAGAGUGAAUUAAAUGCAAGGAAUCGGUUACACAAUCGUCACCACCACCACCACCAUCAUCAUCAUCAUCGCAUCUCGACCUCGAAACCAGUCAGCGAGGACGAGUUUGCUGAAGAUGAACUUUCAGUCGGUGAGCCUUCAGAAGCGAGGAUGCUGACCUCAAAUGGACCAACCUGGGGGACGUGUCCAGCGGGUGGCAGGUUUCCAAGAGAACGAAGGGGCAGAAGUCCAAGGAGCUUAGAUAGACGUAGAAGAGACAAAAACCACGAUGUCGGCGAGUUUCACGAAGGCAUGCUGCUGGACGCUUUACUUCAGCUCUAUCCUAGCGUUGCAGGCGUCGCAGGAGCUCGGACAAACAACAGCAUUCAACGACAACAACAAUCCGUCCCUUCGGUGGCUCACAGACUGCCAUAUUUCGUGCCACCAAUGCCUGCAGCUCAAGCCCUCAGAGUCGAGGAGAACCCCUACGAAAGUGUUCCAGUUUUGGGACCCUUGCAGCAGUACUCAAGUCAGGGUAGAAGCAACAAGGACAAGUCCUGGAAGUCCAACGACAAGUUCAAGUACCCUCAAUACGGUACCGAUUACUUUGGUCUGCAGACUCAGGAAAAUGCUCCCGUCUACAGCCAAGUGGGCGGCGAGUACUCGGAUACCUAUGCUCAGCCGAGUGACAGGCUCUACAACGAAGACAAAUACACUCAACCUGUGUAUUACACACCCAGAGACCCUGACCAAGUCUCCUCCGGAAGACUCUAUCAAGGUCAACCCGACUCCAGUUUUGGGAGCGACAGUGGUUACAGUCAUCACACUUCCGGGACGACUGGAACCACCGGAACUCGUGGAAGUACAUCGAGAACAAAUCACAGAAAAGAUAAACACAGAAACUCCCAGCAUUCCCAUCAUUCCGCGGAUUAUAUUGUCUCUUAAGGUUUUAAAGUGUUCCGCGACUGUGAGGAUCUUAAAAUCGGACAUUUAUUUAUUUAUUUUUUAUUUUUUAUCAAAACAGAAUUUUUGAAAGAAUAUUUUUUAUGACAGAUGCAUGAUUUCAGCAUGGAGCGAGGUUAUAGCUCGAAUUUUUACUCCCUAGGGAGUGAAAAAUGAGGUCAGAGGUGAACAGUGAAAAUUGCACUAUAUUAUAUUAUUAUG